AUGGCCGACAACGGUGUCAACGCAGUCGAGAUGGCGACUAUCGCCGGGGCUCCAAAAGCCACCAAAACAUCCGUUGCUGCAACUUCAAGGACGGUCACCCCAAGCCCAAACAUGCUGAAAGACGAACUGCCACCGAUUGGAUUAUGGUUGUGUGCUGAUGGCCCAUAUCGCCGAUAUAUAGAGGCUUUGAGCGGAUCCAAUCCUGGCCUGAAGAAGGCCGAUCCAAACAACAAGGAUGAGCCCCUGAAAUAUGGCAACGCGCUCGUCGCGCUCUUAGACGCCCCUGCUACUGGAGCAUCUGGUUUCACAACGACUGAAUUCAGAGGCGAGAAAGAGCUUGUUAAGCACUUUGAAUCCGCGGGGCACAACCACAACCGUCGGCGCAUCUAUAUCAUGGAGGGUCUAGCACCUGAUUUUGUCGCAGCCGUCGGCGGUCACUUCUUCAUGGAUCCUUCAUUCUUCCAGCGGCAAGAGAGGACAUGUGUCUGGAGCAACGACUUUACACCAGUGAGCGAUGCAUUACCCCAACCCAGCCUGCUAGACCCGCAGCAGGCUUUUCAGCUCCAGUAUUGCGAGUUACGGCAAUUUAACAAGGCGCUCGAAAAUCGCUAUUUCUUCUUGGUUAUAUUGUGUGAUCCCCAGCUGGUUGACCUUCACCCUCCGCCCAAACAAGUCAAUCCCGACGAUAACACGCUUCGUGAAAUCAGCAAAGGCGACGUACUUGAGAACGCACCCUUUCAGGAAGGCUAUGUUGACUUCAUUCCACCCGUCCCUCAUCAUCAGAUACACAGCAAAGCACGACAUCCGCAUGCGUCAAUGCUGCGCGACCUCCUCCACUACUACCAGCAACACUCCGAUCUUUUCUCCGAAGAUGAGUGGGCUACGCCCAAUACAUCAGCAAUGUUUCUCAAGAAGAUAGUCGCUGCGCACUACCUCCAGCUUGUCGACUAUAUCAAAGCAAUGCUACCUUCACUGGAGCUUCGGCUUACUACUGCAUGGGUCGAGGAACAGGGUCAAUGGAAAAGCUUGCAGACUAUCUCGCGACGGUGUGGCAACUAUCGCGACGACCUUGAAGAUGCAUUGCUGAGUCUCGACUAUUCCCUGAAUGGGCAGAUCAACAAGUCCGUCAGGUUGCAUGCGUCAACGUGGAAGGACUGCGAGAAGGACUUCCAAUACGUCUACUUCCGUCUCAAGAUCCUUAAAGAACGGGCCGAUAAUCUGAUACAAGCCAUGACUGGACUGGCAUCGAUCGCGGGUAAUCGCCAGAACUUGGAGGAGGCCAAGCGCGUGAAACGACUCAACCUUCUCGCCCUGCUGUUCAUUCCCUUGGCAUAUACGAGCAGCUUGUUUAGUAUGCAAGACAAUUACGCACCGAUCCCUCCUGAACCCGGACUGUUCAAGGCCAUCUUCUUCAACGCCAGAAAGGCCGCACCCGAAUGGGUAUGGGUGAGGAUGACGUCUCAGCCCGGCGAUGAGGGCUUUGCUCUCCAGUACUAUCUGAUGCCAGAUGAUCAGAGCAAGGGACUCGUCAGCUGCGGGAACUCAUCCUACAACUGCGUUUUGAAACGCUCGCACGAUACUAUCCACAUGCUUGGCUGCCUUGGAGCGUGCCCAGCUUUACCGGAUCAACUAUGCCUGACUGGCAUUCCAAACAAGAGCAUGGGAAACAUUACGCCCGAGCUAUCAAAAUGCUGCAAAGGGAAUAUACUGUUCGUUGGCCAUCGCGCACAUCUGGACAUGACAAGUUUCCGGCAUAUCGUCGACAUGAUGUACAUGGAGUACGACAAAUCACUCCGCCAACUUGGAGACAAAAGAAUAGGCUACAUCCCUGGUGUCCGCAUCAACUGCAUUGGUGAUCGGCUGGUCAGUGAUCGUCCAUCACUCGAGGCUUGUAAAGUCACCGACGGCUUCUACGAAAAGGACGAGAACCUCCUCAUGUGGAUUGCCUCCAAGAUCGGUAUCGAUCUUUUCGCUCGCACCAUACCCCCAGCGCUACCCUGGAGAAAUCGGAGCGGCGGUUACAAAGGCUUGCACCAUGCCUGGAACUUCGGCUUCGCACAACUCAACCCUUCUGAGUGGUCAGCCAGCCUGGGUAGUGUUUGCAUCGCGAGAAAAGACAAGCAGCCGUUGCUUGUCGCUCAUAUUGCAGCUCUACUGGCGUACCUAUGCUCUAUCGGUAGUGGGCAAGUUCGAGAGAUCCUGGAUAGCAAGCAAUCAUGGAACUUAGCUUCCAAGUUCGAUGAGGCUUUCGAGAUGCACAAUGACCUGUUACUCCAGAGAGCUUCUAAAGAAGAUUUCGAGCGGUUUUGGAUGAAGUGGAUGGAAGAAGAAGGUCGACGGAAGUAUGGGGAUGUCUCCUCACCGUAUGCGGUCUAG